GUUGGAACUGGCGCCUUUCCCUGCGUCAGGCUUAGUGGGCAGAAUAAGGGGUGCCAGAGCGGCUGGAGCCGGCAAGUCACGCGAGAUUGGAAGAUGCGCUGCCACUUCCUAGAAAGGGCGUCGAGCCGUGGAGCACCUUUGAGCCGGCAGGUUCUGGUGAAGGUGUUACAGAAAUGCAGGCUGCCUCUUGUACUUUUCGCUCCGUUGGUGAUGCAGCAACCAAGUCACUGCUUUCUGGGUUUGGCCCUUUACAGAACCGACCACUGUAUAUGUUUCACGCUGUUUUAAUCGAGAAUGGGAUAUUAUAGAAACUGAGGAGCAUUAUAAGAGCCGAUGGAGAUCUAUUAGGAUUCUGUAUCUUACUAUGUUUCUUAGCAGUGUAGGAUUUUCUAUUGUGAUAAUGUCAAUAUGGCCAUAUCUCCAAAAGAUUGAUCAGACUGCUGAUGCAAGUUUUUUGGGCUGGGUUAUUGCUUCAUUUAGCCUUGGCCAAAUGGUAGCUUCACCUAUAUUUGGUUUGUGGUCCAAUUACAGACCAAGAAAAGAACCUCUUAUUGUUUCCAUUUUCAUUUCGGUGGCAGCCAACUGCCUCUAUGCAUAUGUCCAUGUUCCAGCUUCUCAUAAUAAAUACUACAUGUUGGCUGCUCGUGGAUUGGUAGGAUUUGGGGCAGGAAAUGUAGCUGUUAUUAGGUCAUAUAUUGCUGGUGCUACCUCUCUUCAGGAAAGAACAAGUUCCAUGGCAAAUACAAGUGCAUGUCAAGCAUUAGGCUUUAUUCUAGGUCCAGUUUUUCAGACUUGUUUUGCACUCAUUGGAGAAAAGGGCGUGACGUGGGAUGUCAUUAAGCUGCAGAUAAACAUGUACACAGCACCAGUUUUACUGGGCGCCUUCAUGGGAAUUUUAAAUAUUAUUCUGAUCCUUACUAUAUUAAGAGAACAUCGUGUGGAUGACUCAGGACGACAGUGUAAAAAUAUUAAUUUUGAAGAAGCAAGUACAGAUGAAGUUCAAGUCCCCCAAGGAAAUAUUGAUCAAAUUGCUGUUGUGGCCACCAAUGUUCUGUUUUUUGUGAUUCUGUUUAUCUUUGCCCUUUUUGAAACCAUUGUGACUCCAUUAACAAUGGAUAUGUAUGCCUGGACCAGAGAACAAGCUGUAUUAUAUGAUGGAAUAAUACUUGCUGCUCUUGGAGUUGAGGCAGUUAUUAUUUUCAUGGGGAUAAAAUUACUUUCCAAAAAGAUUGGCGAGCGUGCUCUUCUACUGGGAGGACUCAUCAUUAUAUGGGUUGGCUUCUUUGUCUUGUUACCUUGGGGAAAUCAGUUUCCCAAAAUACAGUGGGAAGAUUUACAUAAUAACUCAAUUCCUAAUACCACAUUUGGAGAAGUAAUUAUUACUCUUUGGAAGUCUCCAAGAGAAGAUCACAGUGAAGAACCAACUGGUUGCCCCGUUGAACAAGCAUGGUGUCUGUAUACCCCCAUGAUCCAUCUGGCCCAGUUCCUCAUAUCAGCUGUGUUAGUUGGCAUAGGCUAUCCAUCCUGCAAUGUUAUGUCCUAUACAUUAUAUUCAAAAAUUCUGGGACCAAACCCUCAGGGUGUGUACAUGGGCUGGCUAACAGCGUCUGGAAGUGCAGCACGGAUCCUUGGACCUGUGUUCAUCAGCCAAGUGUACACUGCCUGGGGUCCACGGUGGGCUUUCAGCCUAGUGUGUGGGAUGGUGGUGCUUACCAUCACACUCCUGGGUGCGGUUUACAGAAGACUCGUUGCUUUUUCUGUAAGGCAUGGAAGGAUUCAAGAGUAACCCAGCUAAGACUAUGUGGAAAGUACUUGUGUGGAACUUUCUCUUUUUUAAGACUCUUCUUGACAACUGCUGUGAGUCAGUUUCCUAAAGUCAGGUUGAAGGUAAUAGUAUAUGUUGAGAAACAGGAACAUAUAUUGAAUAAAAUAGGGAAUUCUGUGUGUAAUUGUGACUAGCAAGAUAAUAUGAAAAUUCUGGAUCAUAGUUUUCCUUGUCUCAAAAAAAGAAACUGUUUCCAUAAGAUGUUUUUUGGGGGAUGGCAUGAAGUCAUGAAUGAAUAGACAGUGCUCUAUAAAUGUGAAGUUAUACCCUUAAGUCAAACUGCAGAAGUGUCGUUAAAAUGAGAGAAGAUCUAUGCAGUGAAAUCAUAAGGAGAGUUCUGUAUGAAUUACCUGUGAUAGAAUGAAAUCACAUAAAUUAUUUACCUAAAUAGAGGGAUUUUUAUUGAAAGGUGUCUCCUUUUUAUUUACUAAAAAAUACAUUUUCUGUUAGUAUCAAAUUUUACUUAUAAAAUAAAAUCAUGACUUAAAUUUUCCACUUACCAUGCCUGUCAUCCUGCCUUAGCUUCUGUGAGUCAUGAUUUUUAAUAGUUUACUUUGCAUCUUAUUUUAGUUUUGGAUCUUACUAAGUAACCCCUAAGUUAAUGGAUGUAUAUGAAUAAUGCUCAUAUUUGAGCAAUAAAGAAGAAGAUCAAUAGAUCAAAAUGGAUUUCACUACCUGUAGUAGGAAUAACUACUUUUUUCUUUCAAGGCCUAAUAAAUGAUUCACUUUAGAAGCAUAAGCCAGAUAAUAUGUUUAUAUAUAUAUAUAUAUAUAUAUAUAUAUACUUAUAUAUAUACACUUAACACCAAAAUGUUAAAAUUAUUGGCAUUUUCCAACUCCCUUAUUCUAGAGAAAAACUAUUAUUUUAUUUACGUUUUCUCUUGUCUCAGUAGUGGUAGGGAAGACCCAACAGUUUUCAAUCUUGUCUGCAUAGCUACUCAGAACUGCAGAAUUUAAAAUUUGGAUAGGCCAUGGCACCCCAAUAUAGUUAGCUAAUGAAUAUCUGAGGUAAAAUGGCUUUAACUAACAGUUUACUGAGUUUACUAGAAGUUGGCUAAAUUACACUAUGUACACAUUACUACCUCACAUAAAUUGAAUGCUGCUAAAAGGGACUAGUACAGAACUAUGUAUAUGGAUAAUCUGUAUUACCCAAAAAUGCAAAAAUAUUUCUAAAUACUUUUCCAAAUGUUUCCUACUGUUAUCAGUUUUCAAAACUGAGAGUAAACAUUAUAAUCUGCA